AUGGUGCCCGAGAUCCUCCGAGGUGACCAGGACCAGACGGGAAUGCGCAAGGAGCGGGAGAGCGACGAUGACUCGCUCUCCCUGUCGGCCAUUUGGGAGUUUGAGGGCUACCUGAAGUACUCGCCCAUCUUCUACGGGUACUACAGCAAGUCGGAGAUGACCUCCGGUGGCUAUCGGCUGCCGUUGGCCUACUUUCUCACCACCCUCUGCCUCUAUAUGUUCAGCUUUUUCUGCGUUUUGAGAAAGAUGGCCCAAAACGCCCGCCUAAGCCGCGUGGGCAGUCGCAAGGACGACGAGUCGUCCGCCUUCUGCUUCAAGAUCUUCACCGGCUGGGACUACAUGAUCGGCAACUCGGAGACGGCCUGCAACAAGGUGGCCUCGCUGGUGAUGAGCCUCAAGGAGGCCAUUCUCGAGGAGAAGGAGCGGAAGAAGGAGAGGACCAGCUGGCGGCGCAUCUGCCUGCUCAUCUGCACCAACGUCUGCGUCCUCGCCCUGCUCGCCUCCUCCGCCUACGCCGUGGUGCUCGUCUUUGAGCGCUCUCAGGAGAUUGAAAAUAACGAGGUGGUAAACCCCAGUUGGCUGCGGGCAAAUGAGAACUCGCUCGUCGUCUCCGCCAUUGGAAACCUCUACCCGAACCUUUUCGAUUUUAUCGGCAGCCUGGAGAACUACCACCCACGGAUUGCCCUUCGCUGGCAGCUGGGACGCAUUCUCGUGCUGAACAUUCUCAACCUGUACACGCUGAUGCUGUCGCUCUUUAACAAAGUCGAUAAGAAGACCGCCGAGCUGAAGAUGAUCAAGGCGAACAUCUCCCUCUGGCGGCAGCAGGUGGACGUAAUGGCGCUGGCCACUGUGGCCACCUUCCACCGAAUCAAGCGGGAUGGUCGAGAAGAGUACGCUGAGUACGAGGACAGUGGAAACAACGGCGAUCCCGAACUCCUCUUUCCCCCGGCAAUCAUCUACGAUCCCUAUGAGGAGGCGGUCAACAAGAUGAGUGGUUCUACAAAGGAAGAGGAAGAGGUUGUGGAUGAGAUCUUGGUCACUGAAGAGAGCUUCUCAACGACAUUUCCUUCCACUUCCUCUUCAUUUUGGAUAUCGACGACGCCCCCAAACGGAAACAGUGGUGAUGGAGGUGGUGGCGGUGACCCAACCAACCGAUCAUCCCUUUUGCCAUCUCAAGUGAAUUUUUCAAGCACCGCUUUCACCAAUCUGACAACCGUUUCCAGCCUUGAACUACCUAAAACUGCUGUGAGUUCUAAAAACAGCAGCAGCAGCACACGAAAGCCCAAAAAAACUUCUUCUUUUUCGUCCACCAAACCUCGAUCCCGCCUCAAAAUCGGCGCCAUCACCACCACCACGGAAGCGGUCACCGAAACCUUUCUAUCAACUGAAUCUUCCUUAAUCAGCUGCCAGAACACCACCGAAUACGUGAUCACCGACGAGGACCUCCUCGCCCUGAACUCCACCAUCAAGGACCGCCUGCGGAAACUCUGCUGGGAGACCAGCUUCGGCCAGGACCUGAUCAAGCUGACGGUGAUGGAGUUUGUCGUCCUGGUCGCUUCCACCUUGGUCGGUGACUUCUUCCGCGCCCUCUUCGUCCGCUACUGCGCCUGCUGCUGCUGCUGGGACCUGGAGAAGGGCUGGCCCGGCUACGGGGACUUUAAGAUUGCGGAGAACAUUCUCCACCUGGUCAACAAUCAGGGCAAUGUUUGGCUGGGCAUGUUCUUCUGCCCUGGUUUACCAGCUCUCAAUACGAUAAAGCUUGCUCUGUUGAUGUACUUUCGCAGCUGGGCGCUGCUCACCUGCAACAUUCCCCACGAGACGGUCUUCAAGGCGAGCCGCAGCAACAACUUCUACUACCUCCUACUGCUCUUUAUGCUCUUUCUCUGCACACUUCCGGUCAGCUAUGCGGUGGUCUGGCUGCAGCCGAGCUGGCACUGCGGCCCCUUUAGCGACUUUCCAAGGAUUUACAAGAUACUGAGCGGCUAUGUGAGCUCAAAGUUGAACAGUACCUUCAACAAGGUCCUAGACUACCUGACCUCGCCGGGGGCGGUGCUGCCCCUGCUGCUCCUGCUGAUUCUCUUUAUUUACUACCUCCUGUCGACGGUCAGUUCGAUGAAGGAGGCGAAUCGGGAGCUGAAGGCGCAGCUGCGCAAGGACAAGGACAGCUCGGAGGCGAAUAAUUUUGGGUUAGAGAUGGGCGUCGGUCCUGCUACCCAAAUCAGUCCGCCCACCAAUGCAAAGCACGUCCGAAUUCAGGAGCACACGAGCAGUGCUGCUGAUCAGUUGGUGAGCGCUCAUAAUGAUAAGACACAUCUUUUGGAGAACUCCAGUGCUGCUGCUGAUGCAAACUGA